GCAUCCCUACCCGCCGUUCAACAUACACUACAGGUAUCGCUUUCACGCGCCCCAUCACGAUACGUACGAAGUGUCUUGGGUGUCCUUUACCACCGAAAAGUUGGAAACGUACAACUGGAACUACUUGGACCACUACAUUUGUACGAGAGGGGACACGGAUCUCGUAUUGGUCGAGGCUCUCAAAUACUGGAGGUUCCGUGUGUUCCUCGUACCACUGCCAAAUCAGGCGACGCGCAAAAUACUGGAUGGCUCCAGCCACUGUGACAUUUACGCUCCGUCGACCUCGGCCGAGCAGACCUCGUUGAUGGAUGGUUUUUUGCGAUUCAUCGAGGGUUGGCUCAACAAGAUUCGUCGACCCCAACCAAACAAGAACUGGAGCCCAACAGCUCUUGGUGGGGUACUCCCAAGAGAUCCUGCAUCCCAUCUGAUAAGACGUAGGCACAGCACGAGUUUGGUAUCCCUCACUAACCAGCAGGUAUUUUUCUCGCUCUGA